AUGGCCUUAUUGGAGCUGAAGCACAGAGGAAUUGUGUUUGCACACUAUGGUCCAAUCUGGAAACAGCAGAGGAGAUUCUCCCAUUCGACACUUCGUCACUUUGGUCUGGGCAAGCUCAGCCUGGAGCCCAAGAUUAUUGAGGAGUUCAUGUACGUGAGAGAAGCAAUGCAGAAGCACGGAGAGGCCCCCUUCAGCCCCUUCCCUGUCAUCAGCAACGCCGUCUCCAACAUCAUCUGCUCCCUGUGCUUCGGUCAACGCUUCGAUUACACCAACAAGGAAUUUAAGAAGGUGCUGGAUUUCAUGUCUCGAGGGCUAGAAAUAUGCUUGCAAGGUCAGCUCUUCCUGAUCAACAUAUGCCCCUGGUUUUACUACCUUCCCUUUGGGCCGUUUAAGGAACUAAGGCAAAUCGAAAGGGACAUAACCUGUUUCCUUAAAAAUAUCAUCAAAGAGCAUCAAGAGUCCCUGGAUGCCAGCAACCCUCAGGACUUCAUAGACAUGUACCUUCUGCACAUGGAGGAAGAGAAGAAAACCAACAAGAGCACCAGCUUCGAUGAGGACUACCUGUUUUACAUCAUCGGGGACCUCUUCAUUGCUGGCACUGACACGACAACCAACUCUCUGCUCUGGUGCCUGCUGUACAUGUCACUGAACCCCGACGUGCAAAAAAAGGUUCAUGAAGAAAUUGAAAAGGUCAUUGGUUGCGACCGCGCACCGUCCCUCACUGACAAGGCCCAGAUGCCAUACACGGAAGCCACCAUCAUGGAGGUGCAGCGGCUGUCCAUGGUGGUGCCACUUGCCAUUCCUCACAUGACCUCGGAGAAAACAGUCCUCCAAGGGUACACUAUUCCUAAAGGGACAGUGGUCCUACCCAACCUGUGGUCAAUACACAGAGACCCAGCCAUUUGGGAGAAGCCAGAUGACUUCUGUCCUCAUCGAUUUCUGGAUGACCAAGGACAACUUUUGAAAAGAGAAACUUUUAUUCCUUUUGGAAUAGGGAAGCGGGUGUGUAUGGGAGAGCAGCUGGCAAAGAUGGAGUUAUUCCUGAUGUUCGUGAGCCUCAUGCAGAGUUUUACCUUUGCUUUACCCGAGGGUUCCGAGAAGCCCAUCAUGACAGGGAGAUUUGGUCUAACCUUGGCCCCACAUCCUUUUAAUGUGACCAUCUCAAAGAGAUGAAGCAGCCCUGAGAAGAGAGAGGGGGCAGGCUCCACGCACUCAUCCUAGACAGCAUUCCUGGUGCUGUUGAGCAUGGACCUCGCAGUUCUGCACAGCCAGGAGAGGCCCCAGAUGAGAGACCUCGAGGGAAUGGGUGCCAUACCACGGAGGCCUCCUCAGCAGGACUCUCAAGUGUCUGGUGGUGCCCACUGUCCACGAGGAAGCAUGGCCACUCGGCUUAGUUGUGUGGAUUCCAUCGGGAAGCAGUGCUUCUCAUCUCUCACGUCAUCCCGUGGUAAAAUGAGAUAAUUUUCUUGACUCCGGGGACUGAAUGUUUCAUGAAGUCUCUGCUAUUGGCAGAUGCUGGGCAAUUCAGUAGAUCUGCCUUCAAACCUCCCAAGGCCCCUGACAACACUGAGUGUCAGCAUGGACACUUGGUCAGAGUGGAAUUCAGGUCUAGGUUAUAUUGAGGUAGACCUUUUUUCCUUUCUUUAGAUUUUUUUUUUCUUUUGUAUUUUUUUUUCUAGCAUAGAUUCACUGUUAGUUUCUUUGGGCUUGUCUUAUGAGUAUUGAUUUUGUUUAGGGCUGGGUCCUUUUUAUAGAGCUAGGAUGAAAUGUCCCCUAACCCAGUCUGUUGAGGAAAAAGAAAAGCAUCCUCUUGAGAUUCUUGUCCUCCUGUGUGUCUACUGUCUGUAGCCUCGUGAGCGGUGAGCCUGGCUGCAUGGCACAGGCCGGCCCUGUGUAGGUGAGUGCAGAGCACCUGACUGGGGCCCAGGAUGCUGGGCUCGGGAGUGUGGUAAUGGGGUUGUGGAUUUGGUCCAGAGGGGACUUCUCACUCAAGUGAUUCAGAACCUUCCUCUCCUGUGCCAUCAGCCAUAGUGUGACUGACUCACUCUUCAAGACAAGAAGCCAUUUAUUUCUUGGAGCCCUCUAAUGGCUCCUCCAAGGGCCACAUGGAAACGUGGGAAUGCACUUUUCAUAAUGGUGGACUACUAUUGUCCUCUUGCUGCCAGGGGUAAGGGAUGAUUGGUGGCAAAGCCAGCGUGCUUGUGUCUGGCCCCUCCUCGGGUCUCCCCCCCCCCCCCGUACUGUGAAGGAACCGUGGGAAUGCUGAGCCUUUCCUAGAGAAGCUCAGUACUGAAUGCUUUGUGCGUAUGUAAUCCUCACACUAAGGGAGCCGAGGCUUCCCAGUGCUAAGGCCCUUAAUUAAAUAGUGCCAUCACUGGAUCUCUAAGCUACUUGGCCUUGUUACUGGAAAGGACUUUCUGAGCCCUUUCUCAGUAUUACGCCACAUGGUCCUAAAGCUGUCCUCCGUUACUUGUGCCCCUCUUUGUCCCCAUUAAUUCCUUGGGGCAGACUUCAUGCACUGCCUCCUUACCAUGCCUGAUUUCUUUCUGGAUGCCCAGGCAACGUGGGAGUGAGUUAGGAAAAGUUAUUAAAGGGAAAAGCUCACCCACGGUUUAUUACAGUCAGUCCAGGACAGCUUUAAAACACAGUAUAAUUUGUCCUACCAGUGUUUAAAAAUGUACUAGACUUUUGUUUACCAUUUAAAGUAACCAUUUUAGGCAAAUUUAGGAUGACGCCUUAGCUGCCAAAACAACACAGAAUGAAAGCUUCCAGCAGCUUCCCACAGCCUGCAUCCACAGGCUGCUUGCUGGGGACCCAGCUUGCCACUGACUGAGGCGCUCGUAAAUGCUUGCUAAGGGGGAAUAGCAGCUGCUGAAUAAAAACCUCACGUGAGUAAAAAGGAGAACGUGGAAUAUUGUAAAACCAGGCGUUGAUUAAUGUUUGAGUCUAUAUUCUUUUUAUUAUCCACAAUUCUGUUUCCCUUUUUAUAAAUUAUAAUUAAUUACUUUCAAAGUAGAUGAGUGGAAUACAGGCUAAUCUUUAGGUUCCCUGAAGACUGUUGUUUAGGCCAGCACACUAUAGAAGAGGGACUGAGGAUGUACACAUUGUGGACCAGGUACUCACUGAGCAGGCUGUCCUGAUCAGACCUCCACGUCUGCAGGCCCCUGACUCCAUGACUCCUACUUGGAUUUCUGGACCUAACCAAAGAUUUCACAUCAUACUUGACAAGGACUUCUGCCUUCUCUGAGAUGACAUCAGAAUCCCACGAUUACCCAGCAGGUUAACACCGUGCCUCAAGCUGUUAACGCUGUGGAAACCCCAUUACUAACGCUGCUGCAGAGGGACCGGCUCUUUCCGAGCCUACUGCUGUUUGACAGUUUUGCACUUGAUGUUUCAUCUGAAGUGUAAAAUUAACUGUUGUCAGUUUUCUAGUCACGAGGUCCAGACCUCGUCUGUGGUGGAGCUCUUGGUGAUCCUAUUAAACCUCUUA